ACGGAAUUGGCUGCAUUGGUUGUGACAAAUUAUGUGUACGAAGAAAAGUGAUGUCGAUUGUGUUAUUAUUAAAGUCCCCAAAAAUAUUUAAAAAGUAAAGAUUAAAAAAAGGAAAGAGGGUAACAGCAAAAUAGAAGAACAAGUUUUUCUUCUCAAAAGUGGUAAAACAAAUAAUCCUUCAAUUAGAAGAAUAAGUUUGGUGUGCGAAUGUGUUAGUGCGACGAAGUUUUUUGUUCGCGUUCAUAAGCAACAACAAAAAAGAAAUUCUAAAAUCAGUGAUAUAUCCAUACGUCAUCAUUUGUCUUCGAACGUCUAGAAAACUAAUUUGGUGAAAAGAACAUAUUUUUCAACAUCGAUGAGCUGAAAAAUUCUUUCAUCAACUACCAAUUUUCCAAGAGCGGACUUCGAUAAUGAAAAUUCAAUGGACGCCUUAGCUUGCUCGCCUUUAAAAGAAACCUACCGCGCAUGAUGGGCAUCCGAAGUGCGCACCAAAACUGCCGCAGUUUUCUUAUUUAAUUUUGUUUUACGCGAAGAAACCAUCACGUCAUGCCAGCAUAUAAGCAUGCAUAGUAGCAAUCACUAAUUGCGUUUCAUUUGUAUGCCUGCUAUGUGUAACACAUAAAAAUUAUGUGUUCACAUAUUUGAAAUUGUAAACAUUUUUUUACUCCACCAAAUGUGUACAAAAUGUAUCAUGAAUGGAAAUACAAAGGGUUAGCAAUCAUUUAAAUAAUGCAUUAAUAUCACCUCCAAAUGGCUCCAGCCCGCAAGCAGCUGACUCGAAUAUGGCAGAACAGCAAUCACGACAGCAAACAGGGUCAAUUCAAUUUAAUGAAAACCUUACUCAAAUCAGUCGCAGUAACAGUCCGGCCAGUUCCAACUCAGAAAUUGAAAAGGAGCUCCAGGGAGUCGACUUAAACAGUUCGAUAAAUAGUGGUAGCAUCAGUUUAGGUGCUGAAAUUAAUUUCAAAUCGAAUGGUUCGUUAAGUGGAGCGUCUUCAGCUUCGACAACUGGUUUAGUUGCAAAUAUAGGUCUUAUCGAUGUUGGGGGGGGAGGUGACGCCUGCGUCACCGCCGUUGCUUUAGCAUUGACAAAUGGUACUUCUGGCGCAUUGCCAGCAGUGACUACGAUGCAGGUUGCUAACAGUGUGGUAGCGGCGGUAAAUAUCAAAAAACGAAUCACUAGCAGUCGUACGCCAACUCGCAAAGCAAGACGAGUCAAAUUUUAUCGCAAUGGAGAUCGCUUCUACCCCGGUAUAACCAUUCCAGUUUCAAAUGAACGUUAUAGAUCAUUUGAAAGUCUUUUUAUUGAUUUAACUCGACUUUUAGAAGAAAACGUUAAAAUUCCUGGUGCGGUACGCACUAUCUACACCAUGUGUGGCAAAAAGAUCUCCUCUUUGGAAGAAUUAGAAGAUGGCCAAAGUUAUGUUUGUUCCUGCAAUAAUGAGAACUUCAAAAAGGUCGAAUAUAAUACCACAUCACAGCCACUAGCCAACCUUACUCUGUCCAAUAAAACCAGCAAUCGUAUUUCCAAAUUUUAUCGCCCUUCAUCACCUUUAAAGAAUGGAAGCAGUGGCCUUACUGUUAACAGUGCAGUAAUCGUUGGUGGUACUAAUAUUGGCACUAAUAUAAUCGCUGGUAGCGGCGCCGCCAGUGUUGGCGGUUGUGCCACGAAUGGUAGUCCCGUGUUAACAAAAACAAAUGAACGUGAUAGUGUGGUACAUCCGCGCAUAGUAACUCUUAUACGCAAUGGCACCAAACCUCGAAAGCUUAUGCGUUUGUUAUUAAAUAAACGAAAUAGUCCUACAUUCGACCAUGUUUUGACCGCCAUUACUCAAAAAGUUAAAUUGGAUACAGGUUAUGUUCGGAAAGUAUUCACCUUAUCUGGUAAUCCGGUAACACAGUUAGCAGAUUUCUUUGGCCCUGAUGACGUGUUCUUUGCUUAUGGCACUGAGCGUCUUAAUAAUCCGGAUGAUUUCAAAUUGGAAUCAGAUGAACAGAAAGCCUUACAAGCAAUUCGCAAGACAUUGCGAACUGCUGGUACCACUUGCGAAGGACCGAAACCUAAAAUGCCCGUCAAAAGUAAGAAAACGUACGAUGAAGAAGAAUCCUCUAUCUUGAAUAAUAGUGGAAUUGAUGCUAAUGAUUUGCCGACUGUCAUAAAGGAACGUUACGUCUUGGGUCAAAUAAUCGGUGAUGGAAAUUUUGCUGUGGUACUUAAGAUUAAAAAUCGUCAAACUGGUUUGCCAUAUGCUUUGAAAAUCAUAGAUAAAAGUAAAUGCAAAGGCAAGGAACAUUAUAUAGAUGCUGAGGUGCGUGUUAUGAAGAAACUAUCACAUUCCCACAUCAUAUCUUUAAUAACGGACGUCGAUCAACAAGCCAACAUGUAUUUGGUGCUAGAAUAUGUUAGCGGUGGUGAUCUGUUUGAUGCUAUCACCCGUGUUACGCGUUUUUCAGAGGACCAAGCACGUGUUAUGAUCAAACAUUUGGCCUCAGCCAUGUCUUACUUACAUUCCAUAAGCAUUGUACAUCGCGACAUUAAACCGGAAAAUCUUUUAGUGGAGUUGAACGAGGGAGGUGAUGUUAUUGAAUUAAAAUUGGCUGAUUUCGGCUUGGCUUGUGAAGUAACUGAACCUUUGCACGCUGUUUGUGGUACACCUACGUACGUGGCGCCCGAAAUAUUAUUGGAGUCUGGUUAUGGCUUAAAGAUUGAUGUAUGGGCCGCUGGAAUUAUACUUUACAUACUUCUUUGCGGUUUUCCACCGUUUGUCGCACCAGACAAUCAACAAGAGCCGUUAUUUGAUGCCAUCAUAGCGGGUUUUUAUGAAUUUCCCGAUCCCUAUUGGUCUGACAUUGGCAAUGAGGUGCGCGAUCUCAUUAACAAUAUGCUACAAUCUGAUCCCGAUGUACGUUUCACCAGCGAAGAUAUACUCGACCAUCAUUGGACAAUGGGUAACAACAGCUGAAUAGCAGAACGUUCAGCUAAAAAAGCCACAUCGUAGUUGUAGAAAACAUUUAAUAAAUUCAUUUCAAAAAGAAAACAAUGGAUUGGAUAUGCUUAAUCAGAGCUUAAAUAGAACUCAAAAAAGUGAUGGCUGAGUUAGUUGGCUGGCAGAGUAGUCUAAGCUGUACGUGCAUAUAUAUUAUAUAGGAAGAUACCUUGUAGUAUUUUUAUUUAUAAAUUAUUUGUUUUUAUAUACAUUUA